UGGGCAGGAAGUUCCUGAGCGCCCUACCUUCAGGCCACAGAGCCCUUUUUCCCUGAGAGAUGACUGCCUUUGGGGGUAGGAAGCCUCAAGCAGGCCCAGCCCUACGCGUGCCAUGCCCUAUCCAGGUGGGACCAGCACGGCCACCAUCCUGUGUGCCCGGUCCAGCCCUCUGAGGGCAGCUGUGUGUCCCUGCUCCCACCUGACACCCAACCCCAACCCCACAGGCCGCUCCCCGCCAGCUGUCAGCAGGGCCCUGCCCCGCCCCCACCCCCACAGGUGCCCUGAGAACUGCUCCCUCGGGGGGCAUGCAGGCUAGGCCUUUGCAGGUGGAAGCGGGGCCUGGUGGCCGGGCCUCCCCCUCCCCAGUUCCUGUGCCUAGAGAGCUUCGCACCCAGGAGGCAGCGGGCCAUCGGUCACUGGGCAGGUGUUGGGGGCUGGGCCCCAGAUACCUUAGGGGCUCCCUUUAGCCCAGAGUUUGUGAGGUCGACUGUCCCUGUAGUACCCGCUAACGUGGGGACCACACUGACCUGAAGCUUGCCCAGGGCCCCUCAUCUAAUGGACCCACAGUGUGGCAGGUCCCGGCCUUCGGGGCCAAGGGCAUUGGUGGCCCGCCCCUCUGCCAAGCUAGAAUAUUUCCUGCUCAGCAUCUUGUGUGGGAGGGACCUGGAGGGAGGAUGUCACCAUGCAGUUCAUGGGUGUGCAGAGCUGCCCAGGGCAGCGGCAGCCUCUGGACAUUGGAGGCGGGGAGCGCGAGAGCGUGCCUUUGCCUGGGGAAGCUGGACAUCCUGGGAACAGGAGGCUGCGGGCACUCAGGUGGUGCCCAUCUGGCCCCAGGUACCUGGGGAGGGCUUGGCACCUCCAGCACCGCAGCACAGAGGCCAGCGGGGCGGGGAGCCGCCCAUCUGCUCCUGCCCGGGCUGAACCGAGGCGUGAGUUCCGGGAGCUGUCCGCUGUGUGGGCCAGGGCUUGGGCCUCCUCCAGGCUUCCGCUCCAAGGCCUGCCAGGCCACCAGCUGCCCUUGGGCAGGUGUCCUGGAGAUGGGGGCUGGCAGGACCGGCCAGGUGCUCCCUGGACCUGGGUCCCCUAGUUAGACCCCAGGCCUGCCCUUGAGGCUGCAGAGAGCCCGUCACCCCACGCCCAGCCACAGCCCCAACCUGGAGCCAGCAGGGCACACGCGUCCCAGGCCCACAGCGCGGCCCCUUUAAGUGCAGUCCUGCCAGCCGCCAUCGGGGGCAGCACUGAGCGGCCCGGCGGCCUCGCGCCGCUGCCUGGAAGCUUCUGCUGGUGCCGGGGACGCGGCGGCAGCGCGGGGGACAGCAGAGCUCGCCGGGCCUGCGCAGCCCACCGGGCAAGGUGGGGGAGCACCGCCCAGGUAAGGGGUCGAGGCCGCUGCCCCGCGGGUCUUUCGCAGGUGCGGCACCCACAAGGAUGGGGGUGCCGCCCCUGGAGGACGCCGGUCCCCACCCGGCCGCUCGGGGCAGGGGCCGGGCUGCUUGGCGGGGAGGCCACCCGCCGGGCUCAUUAGGCCUAGGACCCCGGCGAGGGCGGACUAUCCCAUCCCCACGGGCAGGGGUGUCGCCCAGUCUAGCUCAUCACAGCAGCACCAAGGCCGGGCUGUCACCUCCCUGGGGCGGAGCCUCACGCCCCGUCAUCCAGCCCCCAAUUCCGGCCUAGCUUUAAGAUGGAAGGGAGUGGGAAGGGGUGGUCCUGCAAACCAGGGGCAGUUGGGGUGCGCCUGAGGCUGAGAUGGGGGCAGGCACUGGGCCCGGGUGGCCUUGACCCAGGAGGGCAGCCCUACCGGAAGGAAGCCCCUGGCACACCCGGGACACAGAGGGUCAACCAGACCAGAGGUCCUACCAGGUGAGGACCCAGCUCCCCGCUUUCCCCAGCUCACCCUGGAGCGUGCUCCCCCAGACUGUGUGAGGAAGUGGGUCCCUGUACCACUGAGCUCCUCCCAGCCUGUCCAGGCUCUGGGUACCCAGUGAAGCCGGUGGCUCAGGUCUGAACGUGAGCCAGGUACAGAGGGCUGGACCCCAGCUCAGCCUGCAUGCGGGGGCAUGGAACCUUCCCGAGCUGCUGUGGGGAGGGCCUGCCUGAGAAUCGGGGGCGGCGGGGGCUUUACCCACCCACUGCCCUGCUUCCCCGGCUGGCAGCCUCCUGGCCUGGUGCUUUGCUCAGGGACCCAGGGGCAGCCUUGAGCUCCUGGCUCACAAGCCCCCACGUGGUCCUGCAACCAGGGCCCGGUUUCCGGCUGCAGUGCACUCACUGCAAAGAAGGGGGGUCGCUCUCCUGGGCUUUUCACGACAGCCCCAAAGAUCUUAGUGGGUUUCGCCACCCCAAGAUGAGGAAGAGUCAGAGGAUGUUUCUGCAAAGGAAAGGGAGCUUUAGGGUCCACCAUGAUCUUUGGAAGCAUUACUCUGGCCUGGGCCACACGGAGAGUUGAGGGUGGGGCCGGCAAGUCCACGAGCCGAGAUGCCAUGCCUGGACCUGACGGGGCCACUUCAGGACCUGGGGCCUGACACAGCGCUGGGGGAGGACUGCACGUCCAGCCUAGCCAGCAGGUGCUUCUGACGCCAGCAUGGAGCAAGUGCCUGCGGCCUCGGCCAAGGCCCGCGGCCAGGGCUGCCCCGCCCACUGUGCCCCAGGGCGAAAGCCCCGAAAGGCCGAGUGAGCUGCAGCCUGGAGACCUCUUUUAAGAUGACCCGCACGGACCCGCCGGACCUGCUGGUGUCGACCGUGUACCAGGACAUCAAGGUGGCGGCCCCGGGGCCCGUGUCGAGGCCCCCGCCAUGUGAGCGCCCAAUGGCCCGGCCUGCUGCGCCCGCGCCUUUCAACAAGCGCCACUGUCGCAGUUUCGAUUUCCUGGAGACACUGGACGGGGAGGCCAUGGAGGCCCGUCCGGAGCCGCCGCCUCCGGAGCCCGCCGCGCCGCGCGCCCGAUCCCGCGACGGCGAGCCCCGGCGCCGCGCCCGCUCGAAGAGCGCACCCCGUGCGGCCCCGGGCCUGGCGGCCGCGCCCGCCUCGCCGCCUGUGCCGCCGCGCCGAGGCCGGGAGGCCCAGCGGGCGGCGCCGGCCGACGCAUCGCCCCGCCGGGAGCCCGCGUACCCCGCGCUGCGCGCGCUCGCCAACGAGCUGCACCCCAUCAAGCUGCAGCCUCAGCGGGGCGGCCCGGGCCGCAUGGCGCCCCUGUGCGCCGCCGCCAACCGCUGUGCGCCGGCCGAGCCACCCGCGGGGCCGGCCCCCCACGUCCGCUGCCGCCUGGACGUCAAGCCCGACGACGCGGUGCUGCAGCAUGCCGCCCGGGGCUCGAGACCCUGCGGGCCCACCGAGACCGCUCCCUGGCCCCGCGCCGCCCCGCAGCUCCACGGCCUCACGGUGCCCGGGCCUCGCCACGUGGGGCUCUCGCUCACCCCCACCCCCAGUGACUCGUACUGCGCCGACCCCCGGGCGCUGUACUGCGAUGGGCCGCUUCCCGGGUCCCGGGACCACGCGGAGCGCCGGAGUCUGCCCUUCACCACCCCGCCGGGCCCCACCCAAUUCUUCUACACCGAGGAGCCCGAGGGCCACCCCGGUGGCUUCAUGGCCAGCCCUGGACCGCCCUUCGACAGCUACUACCCCAGGCCCUUUCUGUCCGAAGAGCCACCCGGGCCCAGUCCAAGACGCGGGGGCGUCUACUAUGCGGGGGAAGUUCGCACCUUCCCCGUCCAAGAACCACCCUCCCGUUCCUACUACGGGGAGGCCCCGCGAGCCUACGGCCCGCCCUGCGGCCCCCGCUACGCCCCCGAGGAGCCCCGGGCUCACCCCGCCGCCCGCCCCUUUUACACUGAGGACUUCGGGCGGUACCGCAGUCGAGACGCCCUGACGCGGACUUACCCACACCCGCGCGGCAGCCCGGCCUGGGGCGACUGGGGCCCGAGGCCUUACCGCACCCUGCAGGUGGCGCCUCCCCCGGACCCCGGCCCGUUGCUCGCCUCGUGGCACGGCGGCACCGGCACCAGCCCACCCCGGCUAGCGACCGACAGCCGCCACUACUCGCGCUCCUGGGACAACAUCCUGGCGCCCGCGCCGCGCCGCGAAGACCCACUGGGCCGCGGCCGUAGCUACGAGAACCUGCUGGGGCGCGAGGCACAGGACCCGCGGGGCACAUCCCCCGAAGGCCGGCGCCCGCCCGUCAUAGUGAACCUGUCCACCUCGCCCAGACGCUACGCGGCGCUGUCGCUGUCCGAGACGUCGCUGUCGGAGAAGGGCCGUAUGGGCGAGGGCCUGGCCCGAAACUGGUACGUCACGCCGGAGAUCACCAUCACCGACAACGACCUGCGCGCGGCUGAGCGCCCGAGCGCCAGGAGCUGGGAGCUGCCGGGGAGCCGCCCGCGGCCGCCUCCGCCCGCCGCCCCCGAUGGCCCCGCCUCUGGCCGCCAGCGCAGCCUCGAACAGCUGGACGAGCUCAUCACUGACCUGGUCAUCGACUCGCGGCCCCCAGCCGGCCAAGCGCCCGAGCCCGCGUCCGACGGCCUGGGCCGCCAGCUGCGGCGCCUGCUAGACUCGCGGCCCUCGGGCGCCGGGGUCCCGACGCGGGCGCCGCGCUCGCCUCCCCUGUCUGCCGGCAGCGCUGAGGAGCCCGCGGGCCCGGGGCAGGCGGCCGACGCGUCCCCCGAGCCCAGCGCCGACGAGGACGACCUGAUGACGUGCUCCAACGUGCGCUGCGGGCGCACCGAGACCAUGUUCAACGCCUGCCUCUACUUCAAGUCCUGCCACAGCUGCUACACCUACUACUGCUCGCGCCUCUGCCGCCGCGAGGACUGGGGCGCGCACAAGGCGCGCUGCGUGUACGGCCGCGUGGGCAGCGUGUGCCGCCACGUGUUGCAGUUCUGCCGCGACAGCGGCCCAGUGCACCGCGCCUUCUCGCGCAUCGCGCGCGUCGGCUUCUUGUCGCGCGGCCGCGGCGUGCUCUUCCUGGGCUUCCCGAGUCCCGGCUCCGCAGACAACUUCCUGCGCUUCGGCCUCGAGGGGCUGCUGCUGUCGCCCACCUACCUGUCGCUGCGCGAGCUGGCCACACACGCGGCGCCACUGGGCAGCUAUGCUCGGGAGCUGGCGGCCGCCGGGCGCCUCUACGAGCCGGCGGAGUGCUUCCUGCUCAGCGUAUCCGUGGCCGUGGGCCCCGGCGCUGCGCUACCCGGCGCCCCUGCCAGGCCAGCUCCCGCGCCGCGCAGCCCUGGACCCACGGUGCGCAAGUUCGCCAAAGUGGCUCUGGCGGCCGGCAGCCCGGCACGGCCGCCCCCGGCACGGGGCCGCGAACCCGACAUGGAGACGUUGAUCCUGACGCCGCCGCCCGGCACCGCGGGCCUGGACCAGGACGGCGAGGCGGGCCGGCGAGCACGCGAGGUGGCCUUCAUCCACAUCCAGCGAGAGCUGCGGCUGCGCGGCGUCUUCCUACGCCACGAGUUCCCGCGCGUCUACGAGCAGCUCUGCGAGUUCGUCGAAGCCAACCGGCGCUUCACACCCACCACCAUCUACCCCACGGACCGGCGCACAGGCCGCCCCUUCAUGUGCAUGAUCAUGGCCGCCUCCGAGCCACGCGCGCUAGACUGGGUGGCCAGUGCCAACCUGUUGGAUGACAUUAUGUGAGCCGCGGGGGCGCGCCCGGGGCCCGCCCAGUCCACUCAGGCCCCGCCCCGAGCUCACCAGUCCCCGCCCAGCUCGCCAAAAGCUCCGCCCCAUUGCAUUCUCCACAGGCUCCGCCUUUCCCUCCGCCUUCCUGCGAACCCCCUUCCCCCCUACCCCCAGACCAGUCCCGCCCGGCUCCCUCUCCCCCAGCUCGCCGUCGGGCGUCUCCAGAGGCCGGUCCUCGGCCGCUUGGUGCUCCCCGCUGGGAGGCGGGGUGGGUCUGAGGAACAGCCCGCCCUGCCUUUACGCGGAGGGGUCACUGCUGCAGAUCCCACCCGCGCAUAUCCGGUUCGUCCGACCCCUGUCCGUCUGCAGGGCCUCCCUGGAACCUCUCCAACCCCGGCUCGCCCUGGUCCAGGAGCCCGAGUCGACCAAAGCCUAGUCCCGUCCCUUUAAACACCCUCCCCACCCGCCUCCUGUGGUCUGGGAUGCGUCCUGCUCAGAGGCCUUUCCUCUCUAGAGGACACCCUGAUUGGCCUCGGUGUGUCCGCAUCCCAAGCACGUCCUGGCCUGAUGGGCAGGGCCGGCGGGGACCUGCGCGUGGCGUCUCCGCCGGCCCCCGCCCCUGCUGUGCCGGACCUUGGCAAACUGACGGCGCUGCCCGCCCUGCUGCAAGGGUUGGGCAAGCAGCAGUGAAGGGGUACUCGGGGGUCCUCAGCCAAGGCGCAAGACACCCAGCCAGAGGGAAGGGAGUCCUGGGCGGGGGAAGCAGAGAGGACGUAUGGGUAGGGGCGCUGGCCAGACCUGAGACCUGGCUGGGCGUGAGUCGGGCUGCCUGCCGUCACCCGACAGGAUGGCCCUAGGCGUGUGCCAGGGCAGACCCGGGGUGCAAACGGCAGCGCAGGCCCUAACCACAUAGGGAGGCAGGAAGCAGGUACACAGGAUGGAUUUGCGGGAGGGGCCGAGGAGGCCGUCCAGCAGGGACCCUAUCCCUUGGCGCAGGGAAGAUCAAAGAAGAGGGGCGUUCCCAGUUUGGAGCAGGGUGGGGAAAGCGUGGAUGGGAGCAGGUUCGCCAGGGCGGUGGUCCACCGGAGGGGUGGGGGCGCGAUUAAACAAAUGCCCCCGAGCGCUCGCUCUAGCCGUGCCCUGUGGUGCGGCCAGGGGGCCCGGCUCCGGCCCUCGGGAGCGCACACUCGAGUGUCCUUCGUUCCCCGCCCUCCCCCGGGGUGCCCGCUGGCCCUGGCCCGGGCUCCAAGGAUGGCGAGUGACCUGGAGAGGAUGUGAGGCCGGGAGCCCGGAAGGGCCCUCCUGUAGCCCCCACCCCCCACUGGGGCCAGGUGGGGCCCUCCUGGGGGCCCAUUGUGGACCCCCCCAACCCCCGCCUCUCUUCCCGGCCCUCGCCCCUGACCGUGCACCCGCGCCCAUCUCCCCUCAUUCCUCCCUCCCCUAAAUGCCUGUGCGCCUGCCUCGGCUCCGCGCAUUUGCACCGGCCACGCGCCCCGCUUGCCCCACCCGCCUUCGCGGCCUCCCAAACUGGCCGCCGCGCCCCCCGCCUGGGUGCCUCCGCCUUCUGCCCCACGCCUGAGGGCCGGCCCUCCAGGAAGGACCCUGGACCGGGAUUACUUCCAGAGGGCGAGCGCUUUCGAACCAAGGAAAAUAAAACUCGAAUG